UUUGAAGUACCUUGUUUUUGUGUUCGUCUCUGUUUACAAACCAAACCCUGAGGUUUAGGCGCUCGUAGCAGAACCACAAUCUCCAUUCUCAUUCUCAUGAUUCACUGUCACCGCGUAAGAGCUCUUCUCUCCCAACUCUCAUCAAAAUGUUCACAUUCUCUGCAACCAAUCUCUCACAAAAUCUUCUUCUCAACCACUUCAGAACAAUCUUUCACCACAUCCUACCUCACACAACACUGUGGUUUCACACCACAAUCAGCUCUAAAAGCUUCUAAGCGCGUUCGUUUCGACACCGCGAAGAAGCCCGAAUCAGUCAUCGCCUUCUUCCAACAACAUGGUUUCUCACCCUCCCAGAUUCAGAGCAUCUUAAUUAGGGCACCAGAGCUUCUUACUUGUGACCCCAUCAAAAGGGUAUUGCCAAAGUUUCAAUUUCUAGCCUCCAAAGGUGCUUCUACCCACGACAUCGUUACCACGGUGACUCGGAGUCCAGGGUUUCUGCGUACAAGCCUUGAGAAGCACAUAAUCCCUGCUUAUGAAUUGGUAAGGAGAUUCUGUCCUUCUGAUGCAAAGGCAAUUUCUUGUGUAAUUGUUUGUCCUAAUUCCAUUGGCGAUGCUCGCGUUCAGCAUAAUGUGAAAUUGCUGCUUGAUGUUGGAGUUUCACACUCAAACAUUACUCAUUUGAUUCGUACUAGGCCUUCUAUACUUUGCUCUACUAACUUCAUUGAUGCAGUUGAGGAAGUAAAGGGAUUGGGAUUUGACCCUUUAAAGUUGAAUUUCAGUGUAGCAUUACUGGCCAAAAGGGCUAUUAGUAAAUCCCAGUGGGAUGACAAAAUCAAUGCCCUUAAGAAAUGGGGGUUAUCUGAGGAUGAAAUUUUCCAAUCAUUUAAGAGGCAACCAAGCUUUAUGCUUAGGUCUAAGGAGAAACUCAAUGCAGUGAUGAGUUUUUGGGUCAGCCAGCUUGGGUGGGAUUCUUCAACACUUCUAGCAUCACCAAUAAUUUUUGGAUUUAGUUUGGAGACAAGGAUUGUUCCAAGGGCUUCAGUUGUUCAGUAUCUUCUCUCUAAAGGUUUGAUGAAGAAAGGUGCUAGUUUAGUUACACCUUUUUGUUUGACUGAUAAGUUGUUCCUGCAGAAGUUUGUUACAUGUUUUGAGAAGGGGGAAACAUCUAGGCUAUUGAAGCUAUAUCAGGGAGGCUCCUAGCAUCUGGCAUUUGAUUAAGUUAUGAGUAAAGAUUUUUGGCUAAGCUAGCCAUAUUAUGUUUCUUUAUCCCAUUCUAGUAUCUGUUCUAACUCUUGUCUAAAUCGGGAUUUCUUUUAGUUUCAUUGUAUUGUUUCAUUUGCUUAGUUGGAACUGGUAUCCUUUUUGCAUUCAAGUCACAAUUCGAUUUAUAUCAUUGAUCUGUGAUUUUGUAAGUAAUUGAUCUAAGAGAUUAAAUAGUUUUAUGGUUGGAGAAUACCUUUGCUUCCUUCUAUAUAUAUUGUUUUUCAAAGAGAUGGGUUGUUUCGUGUUGCGUAUCCUCAUUCCUCAGGACUUGUGGGAUUGAAACGUUGCUUGAAUUUCUUAAUAUUUAUUAGUGGGACUGGAAAGAUGAAAGGUAAACAAAUAAAUUGUUUUUACCUUAGGUUUGAAAUUUAGUUAAGCCAAAGUAGGAUCGAAUCAUCCAUCUAUAUGUUUGUUUCGUUCACCUUAGUAUGUUUGCUCGUUCCAGAAAAAUGUGUCUUCCCUUUGUUCGUGAAGGCGAAGAGCAGCAUUCAUGGAGUAUUUGUUGCAUAAGAGCCAGAUCGUCACAUAUAACAUGUUUCAUUCCGGUUCCUCAUUGCUUUUGUGCCAUAGAGAUCACUAUCUCCCAUGUUUAUCUUUGCAAACCAAGCAUGACUUGACAUGCUUUCAACCACUGUUUUCCUCUUCAAGAUAUAUUGCUCAAUAAAGUUCUUUGUCAACCUGGCAGGAUAAUUAUUUGCUUUUAGUUCUCUAAGUUAAUGCAACAGCCUGGUAAACCGCUCAUAGCCUGGUUUUCUGGGGAUUGAAUUUAGUUUGAGCCCUUGUCAGAUAAGUGUUUGAUUGAAAUCAGAAAUGGUACAGAUCUAGUUAAGUGAAAUGUGAGGAAAUUGUGGAGAACUCUGAUUUGAGCAGUUUCAGAUAAUCUGAUUUUUUAGAAUAAGGGACAUGAAACUUAAGAUACAGGAAGUUUUUUUUUUGUAUUUUCCAGUGACCUAUGUUUGAGCUAUGAUUACUGCUAUUCAAUAUGUUUCAUUCAGGAUUUGCAUAUCUGCCAGAAAGAACAUGUGUAUCCAGUAUGGAUCACCCAGUGUCGUAUGAGAAGGCCUUUGCAUGGAAAGAUCUCCAUGACCUUGUUUCCAAUCACUGCCUGGUAUUCAUGUUCAUGAGCUGACCUUCUUGAUAUUCUAAUGCUAUUCUAAACAAUCACUCACUCGCUAAUGCUAUUCUAAACAAUCACUCAAAGUCUCUUCCUGAACAUCUAUAGUACAUUAUAUAUGCAGCAGGCGCCAGCAGCAAAUAAAUUUUUGUGCUUAUAUAUUUUUGCAUGAAGUCACAAUAAGAGAAGAGGGCUUAUCAAGAAGCCUAUGAGGUAUCUGAUCAUUGACUCUGGUUGGCCUUAUCUUUUUACUAGCACCUUGUGUGUGCAGACUAUAACCAUGUAAAUAUAAUUGAAAGAUUGUGUUCCAUUUUUAUUUUCAUUUUGUAUAGGAUAAAUUGA